GUGAUGCUUAGGACGCGGCUGGACUCUAGCGGAUAGAUUGCUUGAUAUGGACAAAGAUAAGUGAGUUUUGUGUCCGUUUUGCUAGUUCUUUACUGAUGCGAGAAGAGUGCGAUGGAGUCGGCUGUUACUGUCGGGGUCCUGUAGGUGCAAAUACAGCAGAGAGACGAAUGCAAUGUAAAAAUAGCACUCGGCGACGGUUUCUUUAAAGGUCAAUAUCGCGCCUUUCGAGGAAGCUGACUCUUUGGGCAAAAGUUGUAUCCGGACUUUACUCCCCUUGACCCGACCGACUUUCCGCUUCCCGCACCAGAUUCCGUACUGCAUACGAUGCAAAGUGUGGGGCCGGCACGUUACAGUCCCUCGAGCUUGCUUUUUUGAUUUCGAAUCUCUUGUUUCUCCCCUCUCUGCAUCUUGUCGACCACUCCUUCCGCGGCACUCUUCGCCUGUACAGCGUAGCGAUCCGCACCGUGUCACUUAGGCUUGGCCAGGAAGCAUGCGGUCCCCUGGGUGCUGGUUUGGGCUCCUACCCCUCCAUAUCUGGCUCUUGACGUCGCCUGGACUUGCGGAAGUGAAGCCGUAUAUCAUCACGGCCGCCGAGUACAACACCGAAUGUAAAACGUGCCCGAGGUCGCUAUGCCCGAAUGUACUGGCGUAUUCCACGGAUGAUAGUUUUAACGCUACGUGCUGGACGAGAGGCACGAGGAUCAUUGAUGGGAAUCUAUGGUUGAAGAGCGAGGCAGGCUGUUAUGUAACCCAGUAUGAUGUACUGGAGUACGACGGCGACUACACGACCGAUCUGAAGUACUGUGGCAAAGCCUCGGAAGAAUGGCACAUAACAGAGGAAGAUGCGACAAUCCGAUACAAAGCAGAGUGCAGGAUAUGUCCUGGUAUCAGCUGUGAUAUUGUCGCAUACCUACGACAAGACACCGAUGUGACUCUUACAUGUUGGACUACGGAGGGUCAGGUUGUCAUCGACGAUCCCUACUGGCUGAAAACGACGAACAAUUGCUACGUUUCUCGGAAACAUCUCUACUCAAAACCAGACAUAACAUACUUAGACAACUGCGGUCCUAUUCCCUUGCUGGAAAUUGAGAAACACAACAAUGAGAACGGCACAUCCGAUGUGAACAAGCGGGAGGCGGCUCCGGUACCUGAGCCGGUCGAGCUUGCACCAAGCUAUUUGAUCAACGUCACCGUUGGCGAGGAGUAUGCAUACUGUCGUAGCUGUGCGAAGAAGACAUGCAAAGCGGAAAGGCGGUAUCCCUUCAACGCAGAGGUGUUCUUGCAGUGUCUGGUACCCCCGAGGCCGAGCGACGGAGCUAACGCGACCUAUUGGAGCGAGACAACUGACUUCUGUUAUGUGGAGAAUUCGGACUUCUGGGAGUCUCCGGAGGGCGACUGUAAGUCCGACGCUUUGCAUAAUCACAGCAAGACUGACCGAGAUUAGACUACCGUAUGCCGCUUUGCAAUUAUUUCGAGGAUCCUGAUUACGGAGAUGAUGAGGAGGAGGGGAAAUAAUAGACGUGGGGCCGGCGCUCGAUAUUUUCGGUGCUCCAAGCCCUGAGCUCUCUGGGUCUGUAUAAUACCGGU